GGUGGAGGAAGCUCUGAGUGAGUUUCGUGAAGAAAGAUCUGCAAACUAGAUAUGCAAACUGAAUACAUUCCUGUACUUUGAGCGUAUAUUGAUUGUCUAAUGUAAGCUUCAGAGAUUUUUACUAUGUUAAAUGUUUGCCACAAGUACUUAGAGCACCCAACAAUUUGCACUGUGUUUCGAUACAUUUCACGAAAACUUCUACUUCCGCCCCCCCCCAAAUAGUGUUGAUAGUUUAGACAAAUAUUUUUGUCAACAUUGUUCAAGAGGAGGGGGGAUGGCAGGAUUUUGUCUUGUAGACUGACGAUUGUGUGCCAAUACUUUCGGCAGCAACUUAGAUUUUUAGAAUACAUUCGACAUGGUUAUUCUGAAAAUUAAUUAGGCAUAGAAUGAUCAAUUCCAUUAAUCGUGUGCCAUACUACAAAACUACGUCAGGAAACUGUGACAUUGAGAUGCAAGACAGGGCAUCAUCAACAAGUGAGAAAAAGAAAGAAAAGAAAGGAUACAAGAGACAAAAGUAUAGCCUACUACCAGAAGGACAAGAUAUAUUUAGAAUAACACAAGGCCUAGACAAAAACAAUGAGGAAAGUGUGUCAUUCCAGUUUCGCAGAUCUCACUGGUACCUCAGGGCAAAAAGAGGUCAGUGUAUCAUUGAGCCACGGAGGUCUACGAAGCAUUUCGAGAAGGAGUGCACCUUCUUUCCGAUGACUGACUUGUGGUUCCAUGGUUUUGUCUCUUUCGAAUCUACAGAGAAAGCGGCACAUUACCUAAGGCUAAGAGAUGGUCAUUUGUACGUCGAUCGAUACAACGGGACACAAGCAUUCAAAGAAGAGGCAAGCUUUUUCCUUAAGAAGAAAAGCGAGUAAAAGAGCCCCAGUUUCAAGAAAAUCUGACAAUUCAAUUAGAAAACAAUCUGAAGUGUAAUUUUUUUAGGUUUCAUUAAAUGCAUUGUAUUUGACAGAACAAGUUAUAGCUAGCAAUGAAUAACGCGAAAUAGAGUAGAUUGAAUCUUAGGUAGUUUUCAUGCUUUAGGAAAAGAAAUAUUUUGUAACGCAGGCACGCCGGAGCCGGGGGGGGUGCUGGGCGGGCUACAGCCCCCCAAUUAUUCGCAUUAUGUAUGAUUUCAAGUAUGAUAAUAAGGUUGUGGCAUCAAAAAUAAUGGUGGCAAACCACGUAAUGAGCCUCUACUUUUCUAACCCCACCGCCACCCCCCCCCCCACUCUAGAAUGUGAUCCGGCGUCCCUGUAACGUGCUCCAUUAUUUAAGGAUUUGAUAGUUUCAGUCAUUUCCUUAAUACCAGUUGAUUUAGAUAUAACUUGCAAUAAAGGGGCGUGAGCAAAGAACGUGCAUGAAUUAUUGCUUAUUGCAGAAAUUUUUGUAGCUGUUAUGUCACUUGGCUGGGAUAUCUUUCCUUGGUAUGGUUUCGGAAUGUUUUUAGCAUUUUAAGAAACAAAUCCUCUGAGCCAUUGGUUUUGGCUUAUCAUUUAAUUUGUUCUAUAAACUAAAUAGUCACUUUUGCUUUUCUUGUAUAUCUGUUCAUAAUCUACAGGCCCGUUAUUACAAAUGUAAAAUGUUACGAAUGAUUUAAUUGUCUUUGCAGCUCGAUAUAAUUUCCAGAGUUCAACAUAAUCUGCACAAGAAUCAAUACAGUGAUGGAGCGUUUGUGGGGGGGAUGGGGGUGGGGGGCAUGUCUUGUAUUUUAUCCAUUAUAUCAAUGAACGUGUGUUAAAAUUUCGGAAAAAGUUUAAUUUCAAGGCAAAAUCCCAUUAGCAAACCAAUAUAUAAAUAUGUGCAGCUUCGAAUAGAAUAAAUCAUACAACUUAAGAACUUUUAAAUUGGAAAAGAUAGGAGUAGAAGGAGAGGUAGAGUUCAUAAAAGCCAUUUUUCGAGCAAGUUUCUUCAAUAUAAUGUAUAUCGAUUUAGUAUGAAUGCCAUGGGCAAGACCCAAACCAACGAUUCCAUCAGGCACCGCGCAGCCAUUGCGCUAGCAGGGGCUAUAACCCCCCCCCCCAACUUUUUUGCAAUAACAGGCUAGACAUAUUUUUGCUUUAUUCAAACACAACCUUGGAAAGUUUACUCCUAUGUAGUAGCAGUUUGUCUUGACUGGAAACCAUUUUUGUUCCUUUUCUAGAAGUUUUUUUCUUAACUAAUGAUAUGAUGUAAUUUUAACUUGGUUAGCUUGGUGUUUUGUU